AUGAAUCAAGGCCUAGAGCUUACACACUUCCCUGAACCACAGCUGCAGGACUCGUGGGAUUUUCUGGGCGAACUGGAGGAUAUCAGGACCCUUGCGGAGCUGGGUCUCCUUGACGAAGACUGUUUAAGUCCCCAGGAUGGUAUAAACAGCCUUGCGGGCUUACCUGGAAGUGAUGGCGGUGUCACUGGGAACUCGUACCAAGUUGAACACCCACCAAACGAUAACGGACCUCCAUGGCCGCAUAUACUGGAAACCGAGGAAGUUUUUGAACCAAAGGAAUCCGUACCUACAACCACCGUAGCGGAGGCAUCAGGCGCGGGUAAGCAAAUUCUCAAAAGACCUUUUGAUAGCAUAGGUUGUGCCACGGAUGCCGCUUUUGGCGAGACGACUAGGCCGGCGAAAUGGCCGUGUCAUCUGGUCAUCGACGAUACAGAGCCCCGAGCCAGCAACUCUCAUCCGUUCGACAAAUACCCCUCGCCUACCUACGAUGCGAUUCCUGCGUCUCUUCAGUCCUACCAGGGUACAUUGACUGGCACUGAGGGACCGCCAGGCACUUCUGCAACCCAUACAGAUACUACUAGAACAGCAAACAUUGAGAGGACAAGUAUUGAUCAGCAUAUGUUAUCCUUACCGCCGAGCACCCAGCAACUUUCAACACCUACUGUAUUAGAUAGUAGUGCUCGAGCUCAACGUGAACCAUCUGUGGACUCCCUAUUCGACAGCUUUGACGAUAUAAAUGUUCCCGAUACGGCCUCAGCCCACCAACCACUAUCUUUACCUGGCACGAGACGCCAUACCUUAUCCCCGUCUAUUUUAUCACCACCUGAGUCUCCUAUUCCGCUUGAAGAGCCACCCGUUAGGGAGGCGCCUGUUACAGAACGGCAACUGCCAGCCAGUGCGUCUGAGCUCCUAAGAACGAACAACAAUGUCAAAAACCAGGACUUGAUUAACUAUGCCCACCGGGAGAUAUUCACCAUGCCAUGCAAUGCACAGAAAUAUAUAUCACCUUAUCCUCGCAUGGGUGGGCCUUUAGGCUACUUUCCGUCAACCCCUACAGUCCACGUCAAAAGUGUCGAAGUUGCGGAAGAUACCAUUGUCGAUCGCAUGAAUCAAUACCGCAAGCUACUCUCGAACCUCAGAUACGACCGCAAUAAAUAUCUAUGGCUCUCCAAAGAGUGGACAGCAGUCGAUUCCAGGACAGGGAAAACUAAGGCGCAGGAAAUAAAAGAGGAAUGUUCGGCUUUAAAGCGAUUAGUAGCCCUGAAGGAGAAAAGGGCAACUGACGCGAUGACGGAGGCGGAAUUUUGGCGAAACAAAUACCAAAGCCUCGCAGUCACGUACGGCAACCUUGCUUCUCAACACAAAGUUGCCAUGGCACCUCAAAAUGCGCCGGGAACUCCUCUUACUUCCCAGUCGUUGCCAGCCGCUCUACCGACUUCUCAGCCUUCAACUAGAACCCCAAGCAUAUCCGGGACUACAUGCUCGGAACCUGUUAGCAUCGAUCUUACCGCAGAAGAACCGGUACCCAUUGAACCAAGGGCAUCAAGACAAACUCCUCGUCUAGAGCCCAAUGUUACUGCGUUAAAUGGAUUGCGUAAGAAGAAGUACCAAUGGCUUGACAACAACAGAAAUCGUGCUUUAUCCCAACGGGCAACACAGAUUGGCGAAGGGGAGAUUGAACAGGAUGAAAGGGAGGAAGAAGAAGAAGAAGAAGAUGAUGAUGAUGAAUUGGCUCAAAUGAUGAUGCGAGAACUUGAAUCAACCGUUUAA